UUUGCUCUGAACCAAGUCUAAGUAUGGAUUCAGAUUCAGACCAGGAAGAUCCUGAUCCGGCAACAUUUUGUCAGGGAGUUUCAAAGACAUCCACACCAACCAAACGAACUUCAGGGCUUCAGAAUAAAGAUGACAACAAUGAAGAUUUCAGUAUUUCAAACUCCACUCCAUUGUGCGGUGACAGCUACUCACAGCUUGAAGAUCUUGAAAGCAGCUUCAUGGGAGUCAGCUUGAGUGAGGACCAAGCGAACCUCAGUGGGAUGUCUUUUCCAUCAUUGGAAGGAGAUCUAGACUUAAGUGGGCUGUCUUUUCUGUCCUUUGAAGGCGUUGAAGAGGAUUUGCAGGAAGAUAACAAAGAUGGACAGGAAACUGAGCAGGGACAGCCAGGAGAUCUAGACUUAAGUGGGCUGUCUUUUCCGUCCUUUGAAUACGUUGAAAAGGAUUUGCAGGAAGAUAACAAAGAUGGACAGGAAACUGAGCAGGGACAGCCAGGAGAUCUAGACUUAAGUGGGCUGUCUUUUCUGUCCUUUGAAGGCGUUGAAGAGGAUUUGCAGGAUGGACAGGAAACUGAGCAGGGACAGCCAGGUCCUGGAACAGUUGACCUUGGCAUAAAGCUACUUGAAACCUCCCGCUGUACAGAACACUGCGCCUACAACUUCUCUCCUAGAAGUUUAGAGGAGGUGCACAGGGCCUACAGGAAGAUCAAAACAGCUCAGCGUGUACAAUGGAUUGCUGCACAACUCCAAGUCAGCAUUGGAAAGAAGAAAAUUAAGCAUUUUCUUCUAGGAGAAAAGGUGUGUGCACAAUGCUGGAGGAAGCUGCAGGGGAUUUCUAUCGACACGUACUACAAAGGAAAGGAGAUGAAGCUGAAGCAGAAAAGUCCAAAAAAACAUGGCAACAAGGGCCGCUGGAAACCCCCCAUCAAAACGCAGAAAGCAGAGGCUUUCAUUGCCAACUUCGUGAAGUAUUAUGGCCAACACCAGCCAAACAAAAACCAGCAGCACAUGCCCACAUCCAUGUCAAGGAAAGAUGUGUGGAUACGCUACAAGCGACAACAAGAGACAAGAGAAGAUGAGACCAUACAAAGAAGUACCUUCUACAGGCUCCUCAGGAAGAGAUUCUCAUCUGUGAAGUUUCCCAAGGAAUCAAGGCAUGGGCAUUGCAAGGACUGCAAUAUGAUUCGAGACCAGUGUCGCCAUGCAAGAUCAGAUAGUGAAGUGGCGGAAGUAAACUUUCACAGGGACAGCCAUGCAAGUAACUACAAGGGAGCAAGACAGAAAUAUUACAAACACAAUCAGAAGGCCAUCGACUCGCCAGACAAGUACAUAAGCUUAAUGAUGGAUGGCAUGGACCAGAAAUCUACACGUGUCCCCCAUUUCGGGAAAGGCACAAAGGACACCAUCAAAGUGACACCACUGCCUCUCUACCUGGUUGGGGUCUUGUUGGCAUCCCCCGCAUUACUUUUUGUAUUCUUGGAUGCCAACUUGUUCCCACAUGGUAGCAAUCUAAGCGUGACAUGCCUCAGUAUGACCUUCCUGAAGAUGCUACAAAGUGGCAUUCGCCUGGGGACAACAUUGUACAUCCAAAUGGAUAAUUGCUAUCGUGAAUGUAAGAGCAAGUACAUACUGUUCUUUUGCUGGCUGUUGGUCAAGAGGAAGAUUUUUAAGAAGGUAAAGGUUUCUUACAUGAUGGUCGGACACACACAUGAUAAGAUUGACCAGCGUUUCAGUGUGCUCACACGAAGCCUGGAGGGCAAGAAUAUUACAACUGUUCCGAAGCUGUGCCAAGAGAUUCAGAAUACCUUCAAAGAGGUAGAAGGUACAGGAGGCCCAACAGUCAUUGAGGAGCUGUUUGAUGUGUCGUCCUGGAUGGAUGGAUAUCUUUGUGGAUACCACAACCACACAGAGCCUCGAGCCUUCCUGUUCAAACUAGGGCCUGAUGGGAAUUCUGUACUCCAGUUCUACAGAAUGCACUCGAACCAACACAAAAACUGGACCAUCCUACCCAACUUUUUGAAGAACGAACCCCCAGUCACAUCCAUUCCACAGCUCUUGGCACCUGACUUUGGCCGCCAGGAUUUAAAACAACUGAGAACGGAUUUGGAAAAAUGUAUCGCUGAGCUAGAAAUAGAUGACCCAGAGAACAUUUACGAAUGGAGGCGAUUUUUCCAAAGACGCCAGGCGUUAGAAGACAAAUGGUCUAGGAGGCAGCAGCCAAGAACAACAUGGCCACUGAAGCAAUUGCAGGCAGCAAUCCAGCGUCAGAGACCGACAGUAUCUCAGCCAAGCUUGGUGAGGGACAUUCUACGGGCCAGGAUGGAAGCCGAGGCAGAACAUGUUGAGGUAUACACUGGAUACUACAAAGGUGCCAAAAAACCAGUCGCAAAGAGCAGAGCAAAGGCGCUGGAGAAGGAAUAUACCUCAAGAGCAUUAGAUAAUGACUGAACAUUAUUUUGGCAGGGAUUCCAAACAAGACUUGGGUAAAAGGUACAUUGUACAUUGUAGUUGAGUUCAAUAUACUGUAGUUGAAUGCUUUUUCUUAGUAGUUCUAUAACAUGGGGAGUUUUUCUCUCAGGAAACAAAUGUCUGGUUACGUUUUUACAUAAUGUAUAUCAUAUAUACAUGAUGUAUGUUUUAUGUGUUUUCACAAGGAAAGGCCAUGGUUAGUAAUGAUUUAGUUGUUUGGUUUGUGUACCUAAGUAUCCACCAGUAAGAAUGAUAAUAGUAUUGUGAAGUCUGGGUGGUAUGUCCCUCAGUCUAUAAAGUUUGUAGUAAUUGUUAAGCUUUUAAAACAUAUUUGUGUGUGACAAAGCAUUUUACAGGUGCAUUUUAUGGGAUGAGAAAGUGUUUUAAUCACAAGUUUUCUAAACAUCAGUCAUUAUCUACAGAUAGUCUGUUUCAUUGUCUGUCAACUACUGUAACAGUGAACACGUUAAAUGUUAGAAACAUAAGUUUGUAAGACCAAAGAAAGUGCCUGAGCAUGAUGCCAAAUAAAACUUCUGUCUACACAAGGAAUCUCUGUCCCUUUUGUUAAGUACAUUUUGUAAAGUUUGAAAUAAGUGUGAGGACUUUUCCACAUAUGUCAGUUAUUGAGUAGGUGUGCCACAUCUACUUGUACUAGCAUGUCACCCUUCAGGAGAAGAUGACUGUGGACAGUGUCAAAGGCUUUAAAUAGACAAAUUGAACAUGUAAUAUCGCAGGAAAAAGUCAACAUACAUGUAUAAGUUAUUUGCUUGUACUAGUGUUAGGCAAAAUGGAGAACUUCUGAUCAGGUGAUUACCAUGCGUAUAUAUUACUAAAAAUUGUUUAUCGAUACAAAACAAUAACUUCUGUCUUAGCCCAUCUUAGCCAGUGUGUAAUUGCUGAGACUGUGAAGGCUUUGUGCAGAUAAUCAAUGACAUGCUCUCUGUUGUACUUAUCCAGUUAAAGUCACUGAUAUCAUAGUAAAUUUAUGAAUCAAUGCAGUCAGUAUCAUGUUGUUUAUAACAAAAAAGAAAAUGUAUCAGAUCCCAUCCUUUGCUUAAGUACUUGAAGUUGCUACAACCUUAAACUUUAUGUUCUUUGUAUUAAAACACUAUGCAUCUAAAUAACAUGUGGCCAGAAUAAAAUCAUUAACCCAUCUGAUAAAACCAUGCAUUACUUCAGUGCUAUAAAACUGCUGCCAGCAGUUCAAUCCAAAAACUGAUAGUGAAUAGUUUGUAACUAUUUCUCAGACCAGAAAGCAUCAGAUUAUGCGUGCAAUUGCAUGAAGCCUUGUGAUACUAUAUGUCUAUAGUAUAGAAGCCCAAUGUAAGCCUAAAUAUCACCUGGUCCAGAACGUAGUAUGGUAUAAUAAUACAUGUAGUACUCUAAUACACAGUGGCAUUGUGGGUCACAAUUGGUGUUGGGCCCAGACC